AUGCGUGACGUCCCCAGCCCUGGUCUCACACAUGGCGAGCAUAUGGGCUGGGGCGCCGGACCCCAUGCAUCAGUGUCCCCGUCAACGAUGGACAUGCCCCGCCCCGGUUCGAGCAGGCGCUGGAGCCCACCAGCAAUGUCGCCCCGCUUCACCGAAAGGCUACCUUCCCUGUCCGACUACCCCCAGCCUCCUUCCGCUGCCACUUACGCGCCACGCCACUGGGAAGCGCCACCGUCCCCCAACCCUCUCCCACCAGGCUAUGCAAAGGCACCAAGCCCUCAGGACACCGCUGCCCCCGAGCCGAAGAGGAAGAAGCGCCGUCAGGCCUUUUCGUGUGCGGAGUGCGCGAAGCGCAAACAAAAGUGUAACCGCGAGACACCAUGUCAACAUUGCGUGAGCCGCAAGGUGCCGCACCUCUGUGUUCCCAGCGCACGGUCAGGAUCGCCGCCACCCAGGCCCAAGCCCAAAACAGAGGUCGAAGGCAACACUGCGACGUCGCGCUCAAAGAUUCCCGAACAGGCAGCGACACCUAUUGCUCUGAACGGCCGUGUCCAUAAGCUAGAGCGCAUUGUCAAUGCCGUCCUUAAUCGUGUCGAUGGCCUGGAGAACAGCAACGCCUUGGCCGAGUGGAGGCAGACCCACCAGCCAGCAGGCUCACCUCCGGCCGUGCACGCGAAGCUUGAGCUUCCCGUGUCUGCGUCACCCGCAACUUCUGGCGCGCUGGGCCGCAUGGAGUCUGAGACCGCAGACGACGUGUGGCUCGGUGGCCUGGACCGCGGCACUGUCAGCCGAAACCCGCUGCCGCAGAGCGAAACUCGAACGCCACUUGGCCUCGACUACCAUGGAUCAGUACGUGAACAGCUGGAGAAUAUUGUCGACGAAGGUGGCACCGUCACUCUCCGGAAGGCUCUUCGGGACCUGCCUCCAAAGGACAGCGCCGACAAGCUCGUCGCUUUUUUCUUUACAAAGGUCAAUCCGAUUCGCUACCCAAUAGACGAGCACUUGUUUCGACAAGCUUACGAAGCUGUCUACGCUUCCGGGGCUGACAUUACCCCGGCCUCGGUGCUGGCGCUCCCCCUGAUAUUUGUUGUCCUGGCGAUUGCAAUCAGACUGUCCCCGGAAGGCACGUCGGAGAACAACACCGUCGAGCAGAGGCGCAAGGCUAGCAUGAAACUGCUCUGGGGCGCACAGUUUGGUAUCAUGGUCUCGACGUCACUCAACGCCGAGAACUUGCAGCUUGUCGAGACGCGCAUCCUUAUCGGCCUCUAUCUCGUGCUCAUGCAUGAACGGCGGCUCGCGGAGGGCUGGCUCCAGUUCCGUGCUGCCACCGCGACUGCAACUGCGCUCUGCUUGCACCGUGACGGCAGUCUUCUUGACAUGGACCCGUACAUGACAGAAUAUCGUCGCCGCCUCUGGUCCUACUUGUGCCAUGCCGACGCCACGUACUCGUGUCUCCUCGGCCGUCCAGUGUCGAUCAACCCCAAUUUUUACGACACAAAGGAACCGAGCAAUGUCGAGUUGUCGUCGCUCCUCAACUCCGACACCAUGCCCCGCUCAAAACCGCUCGAUGAGCCGACGUUCGCCACUUUCCUCAUCUUACGGAACCGCCUCGCUGGUAUCGUGUCUCAGAUCGUGAACCAGUUCCAGAAACUGCACAAUCCGAUCAAGUACUGCGACGUCCAGGCGAUCGACCAGCAGCUCCGCAAGCUCCAUGACGACCUUCCUCGUCAAUUUCAGAUGCUCACCCCGGACAAGUCUCUCGAUAAGGCACAGCCCUUCCUCGCGGUGCACCGCUACUACAUCCAGACUGAAAUACUCCACUUUACGAUAAUCCUUCAUCGGCCGUGGUUUUUACGUCAAGUACGAAGUCUGAAGUACGCUCUGUCGCGGCGGGCAUGCUUCGAGGCGGCCAUCACGGAUUUCAAAAUUCGUCAGGCAUUCCACAAGGAGAACCCCGACUUCUUCGAGACGCUUCUGGGAGGCUCGUUCCGCGAGUUUAACUGCGCAAUGAUCGCGGGGAUUAACCUCUUACUGGAGCCCAACUCGCCAUACGCUUCGGACAUGUGGAAGAUUAUGACCAACUUCAUGGAACACAACCCCUACAGCCCGAACAGUGACGAGUUCAGCCGGAGGGAGGCCGCAAUUAUCCACACUCUCAACAAGCGCGCUUCCUCGCUGCGCCGUUCACAGAGUGGGGAGUCGGGUGGGGAGGAUCUCUUUCAUCCCUUACAGGACAACACGUCCUUUGAACGUGGCGGCCGUCCAUUCUCACACACGAGGGGAAACUCAAGAGCGACUAGGGAGUCAUCGAGACCAAGCUCGUCUCGCGCCAGCCGCGCAGGCAGUGCUGUUUCGGCGCAGGACACACCGGCCGCGGCGAGCCAAGGUUUGGAGACUCCGCCGUCUGAUGUUGCUGCCAACCCGGACCAGAUCCAGGAUUUGUUCAACAAAUUUCUCACUGCGAACUCUGAGUUCGGACGUGACGGAGGCAAGCCGAAGGAGCUGCGGCCCAGUCUUGUCUCGAACCAGUCCCUCCUCGGGGUCCUUGGCCUCACGAUGCCUGUUGUCGACGUCCUUACCGAUGCUGUUGAGAAGAACGUGAUGGCCGACGCUGUUCCCGAUGCUGAGCUGCACGACCAGCAGUUCGCAGGCGACUCGAGCCUCGCGUUUGGCGCGAUCCCAUCCAGCUUAUACCCGCUUCACGACGUCGUCUCUGCAAGCAAGGAAGUCAACUCGCCGCAGUACUGGGACACAUUUGCGAACAGUACGCCGCCGUUUGAUACGAAACUAACGCCACGCCUUCAUCUCUGA